AUGGGCUGUUGUUAGGAUAGACCUACUAUUAUUCUCAAAGGAAACGAGCUAAAACAUCCAAUUAAAGAGCCAUCUAUUGUCCUUACUAAAAGAGCUCAAAUUUUGGAACCCAUCAAAAUCUCAAUAAUGGGAGAUAUUGAUUAAAUGGAUUUCAUAGAUGAAUUUCCUAUACAAAUGCCUUCCAUUACUUAAAUUGAUUCUAAAUUACCCAAUAAAUUAAUGAUUUCUGGUGAUUUGAAGGAAACAAAGGAUUUUGUAAUUGAUGUAUUUCACUAUUUUUAGAAAUCUACAUUAAUAUCAGAUACAAUUAUAAUCGAUAUGAGAUCUGGCACAUUGCUUCAGAGUCCAUUAAAAUAAAUGUCAGAGAGAAAUUCUAGCAAAAACUUAAACAAAAAAUUCUUAGAAAUGCUUUGA